CUCCCCUCCCCUCCAGGAAUCCAACGCCAUCAGUGCCUCCCUACGCCAACCAUCCUUCGCUUCAAGGUUCCCGGUCAUCGUUCAAUAUUAAUUGGCACGCCAUAUCCACCGCGCCGCAAUCUCCAUCGCACAUCCGUCCCGUCCGUCCCUUUCCAUCCCGUCCCUCUCUUCUCACGACACACCACAACCACCACCACCACCACCACCAUCACCACUACCACUACCCUGACCACAGUCAGACCAGCGACUCAGCGUGACAGCUGAAGUCCGUCGGCGCCGUCGCUCAUCCGCUCGCUUGCUCACUGCGCUACAACUCCUCGGCAUAAACCGUUCCCAAGAAACCACCCGAUUGACAACAAACCAACCGAUUCGCUGCUCACGACGAUUACUACUAUUAUUCUCUCGAACCGUCAUCUGGAAUCGUCCCACGCUCGUCUACAAAUCUGGUCAAACUUCGAGACUCAAACAUCAUGCCCCCAGGCGGUCCUCCAAAGCGGCCAAGCGAAGCCGGGGACACUCCUCUCGACAAUGGCUUACAACCCAAGAUGAAGCUGCCCCGUCUUGAGCGCAGUACAGAAGACUUUUCGAGUGUUGUCAAGACCAAGCUCUCACAAUACACGCGGACUGGUCAGGCUUGUGACAGGUGCAAGGUCCGAAAAAUCCGCUGCGAUGCCUCCCCUGCGGGCUGCUCCCAUUGCGCGAGCCAAAACAUCGAAUGCGUUGUAACAGACCGUGUAACAGGCCGUACCGAACGUCGAGGCUAUACCCAACAACUCGAAGCCAGGGUGAGGGACCUCGAAAGAGUGCUGGCCGACCAUAAAAUCGAAAUCCGGCCAUGGGAAGGGUCAAACGCUAAUAGAAACCACCACCCUCCGGGUGUCACCCUGGAUGCCAUGGGAAAUCCCGUCCACGAUCCCAUGUCCCAAGGCGAAUGGCAGCAACAAGGCUCGGUGUGGUAUAGAAAAAGCAGGCGAGGGUCACAGAGCACACCAGGGCGUUAUACGAGAUGUUCGCUCUUGGAAUCGAGGCCGACAGAGAGCUACCUAGGCGUGACAUUUAAGGGCACCACCCUUUCGGUUCUUGGAACUACCAUUGAGAUCACUUCGUUUGACGAUCCUGACCCAGAUAUGGAUGAGCCUUCACCAAAUACUCCCAUCGGAUCACCCUUGUAUAACAAAUCGGUCACGGCCUUUUAUCAGUCCUUAGUCAGGAUAAACCCGCCAAUGGAACAUUGCGACCUCCCCUCGAGACACGACGCCUUUACAUAUGCCGAGUGGUACUUCCUCACCAUAUACCCGUACAUGCCACUAGUCCACAGGCCUUCGUUUAUGCAGCUCUUGACUCGCAUCUAUGAUGAGCCGGGCUUCAAAGCAACAGUACCCGAACUCGUACUGGUCCGCAUGAUGAUAUCAAGCAUGUACUUCCAGUACGGUAUCAGGAACCAUCGCGAGAAGCCAGAGGACCAUGCGCAGCUGAAUGAUCUUUCUAACAAGCACUACCAUUGGUGUUUGAGUAAGUUCUUUGAACUUGCCGUUUCUCAGACGGUUACCGCGGUCCAGGCUUUGGCCAUGCUGGCGUCUCACACCCGCAAUUUUCCCAAACCAGGAUGUUCCUUCACCAUUGCCAACUUUGCCAUGAUGAAGGCCAUUGAACUCAACUUCCAUCGGAGCAACAAGAUACCGAAUGGGCGCACAACUCUUGAAAACGAAUUGCGCAAAAGGGUGUGGUGGUCCAUCCUGGGUAUCAUCAUUACCCUUAACGGCCGACUUGGCAGGCCAAUGCCCAUCACACUCGAGGAAUUCGACAUUGAGUUCCCAAUCGCUAUUGAUGACGAGUAUCUCGGAGACGAUGGCAUCUUGGACCCGUCCAAGGUUGGUCAUUGCUGCUAUCAAAUUGGGCUCGCCGGCUUCAAGGCUGUUCCUUUGUAUAUGGAGAUGUAUUCUAGCAUCUACAGCGUGAGGCGAGAUCCCAAGAAAUAUGUCGAUACUGUCGCCGAACUUGAGGCCGGAAUGCGCAAGCUAACGAAUGAACUACCCGACUGUCUGCGAGUGGAAAAGUGUCAACCGACCGACUUGGUGUUUGCACUGUAUACCCAGGCCAUCAGUCUCGAGUUUAAGCUUUGUCUUAGACAUCCAUCGGUUUGUCUAGAAAAGGACCCCAAGUUCUGUGCUGAGAACACAAGGAUAUGCGAGCAGACAGCUCGGAAGCUAUUGAAGGUGGUAGGGGAGCUGUUGAAACUCAAGUCUCUGGACACAACAUGGUACCAGUUGUCGGUAUACGUCGCCUCAACUUUGACGAUUCUCGUCGCAAACUGGGAAAGGAGACAUGAAAUCACACAUAUGGAGAUGGCCACUUUAAGGGCAGAUAUGGUUUUGGGCCUCGAGAUUAUCAGCGAGAUUGGUCGACUAACAGGUACUGGAAACCGUCUAGCAACAACCCUGGACACGAUUAUCAAGCAGACCAUCACCCGCAUCGAACGCGACAUGAGCCGUAAAGAUGGACUGUCAAUCGACCAGACCAUAGCCAAACAACAAUCAGCAUCACCGUUCCAGCAGCCUCUCCUACCAUUUAAGCAACCACUCAACAGCAACGGUAUUGCGUCCAGUCACUCGGUCACACCCAAUGACCACCGCAGCAGCGUCAGCACAAACGGAGCCGGGUACUACGAUGGCUCAGCAACCCCCUACCAAACCAUGUCUCUGAAUGAAAACAGCGCCGACGCCCACCAAACCAGCAACGGCGUUAAUCUAGCAGCCUACGACCCCUCCGGCGGCAGUGUGCAAUACCUCUACGCAACAGCCACCCCAACCUCAUCAACAGCACCCCCUCAAACCGUUGCAGCAGCAAUGGACCAAACCUCUUCCGCCAUCAACCCUCUAAUAGCUUUCGCUUCUCAAGCCACCCAGCACGUUUCCACAACAGGCCAACCAGGUACCGGAGCCGAAGAAUGGCGACCACAGGUUCACCCGCAAUUUGCCGUAGCAUCAGUCGCUUCCAAUGCACCCAACAACAAUGCAUGGCAUGACUGGGCGGCCGCCAUGGCUGAUUCCCAAGAGCGGUACAGCGCUAGUGCGCUACUAACUCUGGGGUCAACCAGACCGGGUGACGUGUCGGGGGCCGGAAUGGUUGACCAUUCGCAUGCACAUGUUAACGGCGGAGCCGGCCACGGACCGGGAGACGGAGCUGAUGGGCUGGGAGUGUCGGCGGCGGAUUCAGCUGUGGUUGGAGCCGGGGGUGGACAGUGGCCGCUGCUGUUGUUUUCGGAUGUUAUUGGGAAUGGGAAUGCCUCGUAAAGAGGCCAAAUUGCCGACGAAGAGGAAGAUGCGGAAGAGGAUGAUAAUAAACUGGAGGAGAUGUGAUGAGAUGAGAAAGAGCAGGAUGAUCGGGAAAGCGAAUCGAAGCAUGAGUGGGAUAGGAAGGGGUUGGAAGAAACAUUGAGGAGACGAUGGGACUGCUGUGGGCGUCUCGUCGGUGCUGCGGUUUUGGUCUUUCAUCUGCCGUGUCAUUUUGUUUUGGGUUAGAUCAUAUUUUGUAUCUGUGGUCUAUAUC